AAAUCCAGAAGAAAAAGGAAGGAGAGCAGAGGAGCAGCUGCCUGCACGGACCGAUGUUAGUCUGACUGGACCAACAGGGACGCGUUCAGACUGACAGGCAGAAACCGGGAGGCGUGGCAGCGGAACCGAGAGAGCUUUAAAGGUUGACGGAGCUGCAUUUAGCCGCAGGUAGCAAACCGUUUCACAGCAGAUCCAAACGGCUUCGCUGCAGAGCAGAGACCAAACAUCUGGACCACAAAAACCAUCAGCAGCAAAAUGUUUCUGUCCAUCUUGGCUGUUUGGUUCCUCCUCAUUGCAUCUGCUGGCUGUUCGUCGGUUAAAGAAGGCCGUCUAAUCCCUCCCUGCUGUGAAGGAGGAUCAGAUUCUGUCCCAUGGAAGAUCCUGGAGUGUUUCGAACAGAACCCGAGACCAUCCUGUUGGGAUCAUUUCUAUCUGGUCAAUACUAAGAGGGGAAUGUAUUGCAUCAACCCAACAUCACAAUGGUUCAAAGAUAAAAUGAAGAAGGAAAACCUGAAGUGUAUUCCGUCCCAGGUGAUUUGAGGAACCUGAUUCCAGCAUAAAGACGUCGUUGCAAAGAAAAAAUAUAAAAAAUGCUUUCCUGCUUUUCUGCCUGCAACAAUAAAAAACAGAAAUUUUCACCAAUCAUUGCAAAUUUUCAGCAAAUCUGACUUAAUUUCUGUAUUUCCUUUUUUUCUGACCAAUCACUGCAACUCGGCUGAAUUUUGACCAAUCCGCUUCUGAUGUAACUUCCUGUUUCUCGAAAGCUCUUGAAAGUUUUACCUGCAAUCAUUCAGAGCCAAAAGGCAAAAAGCUUUGCAGUUUUCCUCCAAAUAAACCGUGUAAGUUGUGUCGCUCCUGCAUGCAGAUAAUGUUAGUUAAACGAUGAUUAAUCUCAAAUUUUCUAGAAAAACAAGGACAUUUCGAAAGGUGAAAGUUUUCUAUUUUAGGAGCUCAGAGAUUUCUCAGUUUUUUUCUAGAAAAUUUCUGAGCGUAAUCUCAAAAUGUCAGAGUUUUUUGGCAGAAAUCCACAAUGGCCCUAAAGCGGCGCAGUAGAAGGGAAGGUUUUGUGACUUUUGUAAGAGUAAAAAUAAAGAUAAAAAAUGUGCAACUUUGACCCCAACGUUUUGAAAAAGGUGCUGCAAAAUCAGCCAUUUUUGUCUGCAAAGUUCACAAAAAUGCAGCUGAGUUGGAAAUGAUAAUUUGCCAUAACCUCUUUUGAAGUUAUGUUUAUGUCUUGCUUCUUUCAUCAUGUUUUGAUAUUCAGGAAGCUUUUGAUCAAGAAAAACUGCAGAAAGUUUAACCAGUGAAGAAAACUUCAAUGACGGAUGAAAACUUCUGUUUAUACAUGACAACAUUAUUUUUAAUAAAGUCCAGCAGCAGAGACAGACUCCUGUGUCAGUGGGCUAACUUCUUCCACAGGUGUUAGUCUGGAUUAGACUCAUUUUUCUCCACUUCAGCUCAGAUUAAAUCCUCAAUUAUCUUGACAAUGUUUUUCUCUUUUUCCCCGGGAUCCGUUUGCCCCGGCUGACCUCUGCUUGCGUGCACACUCAUGCCGACACGUGAAGGUGUUCCAGAUAAUCCGCAGGUGCUGCUUUUUCAUUGUCCCGCCGAGAAAAUCCUGAUUGCUGAUGGGAGCGAGUGUGAGCGACACGGACUGUUUGUAGGUUAGAGAAAGAUUGCUGUGGCCGUGGAUAAGAGGAUUUGGGUGGAAUUAGUGUCAUUCCUCUAUCGCCGCGAGGAAAAGAUUCAUAUCGAUUUUAAUCAGAGAUAGAACCACAACCCCGGAGUCCAAGCAGGCAGAGUGAGGAAGAGGAGGCAGUCAGCAGGUUUCCUCAUGUCUUUGCCCUGCUGUGAAGUUCCUCUGCCAUCCAGGAGCCGUGAAGAGGAGGCAGCAGCGGUCCACAGCGGGAUGCUGGACUCGAACCUCCGGCUCUGAGUGUGGAUGUUCCUGGCGGCGGAGCAGGGCGCUCGCUGCGGCGGGGAUGCUGCUCUGGUGUCGGUUUUGGCAGGGAGACCUGUGAAAAAUGAAGGCGGACGUGUUGGCUUGCCUGGCUCUGACAGCGGCCAGCUUUGUUGCCACGGCGACCGGCGGCCGCAGCUCCAACCGCAGGAGACACAAGGAGGUUUUCCUCGGAGAAAACAGCAAGUUCAAGUUUGGAGGACGCAUCGAUUACAAGCUGAAGAGGCAGGACAGCACCAAAACGCUGCUAAUAAAAAGUGAACAACUGCUGAGGAUCGAGGAGCAAGACUUCGCCAUUAGACCAGGCUUUGGAGGUUCAGCCAUCCCGGUGGGCAUCGAUGUGCAGGUGGAGAGCAUUGACAGCAUCUCUGAGGUCAACAUGGACUUCACCAUGACUCUGUACCUGCGUCACUACUGGAAGGACGAGCGGCUGUCGUUUCCGUCCCACACCAACCAGAGCCGGACGUUCGACUCCCGGCUGGUGAAGAAGAUCUGGGUUCCUGACGUCUUCUUCGUCCACUCCAAGCGCUCCUUCAUCCACGACACCACCAUGGAGAACAUCAUGCUGCGGGUUUACCCCGACGGAAACAUCCUCUACAGCGUCAGGGUGACGGUAACGGCUCUCUGCUCCAUGGACUUCAGCAGUUUUCCUCUGGACACUCAGAACUGCUCUCUGGAGCUGGAGAGCUAUGCUUAUAAUGAGAACGACCUGAUGCUUUACUGGAAGAACGGGAACGACUCUCUGAGGACGGAUGAGAUCGUUUUGUCCCAGUUCUUCAUUGAGCAUUUCCACGCCUCCAGUGGCCUCGCCUUCUACAGCAGCACAGGUUGGUACAACCGACUCUUCAUAAACUUCAUCCUGCGGCGCCACAUCUUCUUCUUCAUGCUGCAGACGUACUUCCCCACCAUGCUGAUGGUCGUCCUGUCCUGGGUUUCCUUCUGGAUCGACCGCAGAGCCGUUCCCGCCCGCGUGUCUCUGGGUAUAACCACCGUCCUCACCAUGUCCACCAUCAUCACCGGAGUGUCCUCAUCCAUGCCUCAGGUGUCCUACGUGAAAGCUGUGGACAUCUACCUGUGGACCAGCUUCCUGUUUGUCUUCCUAUCUGUCAUCGAAUAUGCUGCCGUCAACUACUGCACCACCCUGGAGGAGAUGAGGAAGAUGAGGAGGGGGAAGAUCCCCUCCACCUUCAACGCCAGCCAGGCCAUGGCCUUUGAUGGCUGUUUCCAUGACAACGACAUUGAACUGACCACCUUUCCUCGGAUGGCGCCGACACUGACCUCCGACCCCCUUACGGCCCCGAGCCUGAACUCGGACCCGCGGCCGCCGGAGGGGACGCGUCUGCGGCGGCAGCGGUCGGUGCGGGAGAACGUGGAGCUGCUGGUGAACAACAGCUACAUGAUCGACUCGUACUCACGCCUGGCCUUCCCGCUGUCCUACCUGCUCUUCAACACCGUCUACUGGAGCCUGUACUGCUGACCGGAUCCAUGUUGACUGGAUCUGUGCUGCACAGUCUGCAGGGCGAGUCGGACUGAUUCAAUCAGCCAAACGCUUAACAUCCCGGCAGUACAGCAUUUCUUUUUUUGGAUUUUUUAAACUGUGUGUGUUUUCUUUUUGUCUUUUGUCAUAAUCAAAUGUUAUGAUAUUUUGUGUAUAAGAGCUAAAAUAAAGUUGAAUUCAUGUAAAAA